GAGAGGAGGAGACGCGCUGGUGCUACGAGUGCGGGACGGGCGUGGUGGGGGAGCCAGACUGCGUGGAGUUUAUGGCGGCGGGAACGUGGACGGCGUUCUGGAGGCAGUGCGCGGGGGACGCCCUCUGCGUGAAGACUGUUCCCGGAUGGAACACGACGGACGAGAGCCGGGCGGUGCGCGGCUGCACGCCCCAGCGCAGUCUCCGAGGCAGCAGACACCAGGACGGCUGCUGGACCCACCCGAUCUCGUCGUUCCUUCACCUGCUACUGCUCCACGGACCUCUGCAACGCCGCCCACGCCCCCACGCCCACGCUGGCGCUC